AGCGACGCGCUGCUGCUGCUGCUGCUGAUCCGCUGCUUGCGUAUAAAGACUGCCUGGCACGGCGAGUCACGCGCAUUUUGUGUUUCCCGCCCGUUACGCACGCACCGCGACCGCUCACCGACCGACCGACAACAACAACAGCCAAAAUUUUCUGCCGCACACGGAGCUUUUUUUGAAAUAAAGAAGAGCCGUGACACGGUCUAAAGUAUAUUAAAAUAAAAUAUUUUGCCGAUCGCUUGGUGUUUAUUUGAAAUUAUCAUCGCAUACGUCCGUAGGCAAAUUAACGCGAGCACGCGUCGAGUUUCGUACGAGCUGCUCAGAGCUUGCACAUAGGCGCGCGCGAAACCGAGUCAGAGUUUGACCGACUGACCGCACGUACCCGAGAGCUUGCGAUACGUAUACGCGCGUCCAACACACGUAUUCGUACCGGAGAUCAGCAGCAGCACCUGGUGUACGGGCCAUCAAGCCAUAUAUACAGAGAGUAAAGAGUGCGCGGCGAUAUCGUAUACCUUGCGUCCUCUACACGACCAUUUGACUCGUGUCACGACAGAUCUCGUGUCAUCAAGACCACUCUCCGUCUCUCGCUCACUGUCCUCACCUGCGUGUGCUGCAUCGCCGACACCAAGUAACAAACAACCGAAGAAAUCAUGCCUCUGUCGGAAUUCCGCAAAAAGAAGCUGCUCUUCGUGUUCAACACAUUUUUCGAUGUCAAUCAGAGCGGCUCGAUCGACAUUAAGGAUUUCGAUCUUGCAGUGCAGAAAAUCUGCGAGGCUCGAGGAUGGAACGCCAGUCAUCCGCGAUUUCAACAAACAAAGGACACCAUGAACAAAGUCUGGGACGGACUGCAAAAACGAGCCGACGCUGACAAUGAUGGACAGAUCAGCCGCGAGGAAUGGUACUCGAUGUGGGAUGAAUUCGCCAAGAACCCGGAGAACCCACUCGAGUGGCAGCGGACUUACAUGGAUCUUGUCUUCGACGUCGAAGAUGUCUCUGGUGAUGGAUCAAUCGACGAGACGGAAUUCAGCCAAGUAUGCACGACCUACGGCGUCGUCGAGAGCGAGUCGCGAGAGGCAUUCAAGAAACUCGAAGUCGGCGACGAGGUGACGCGCGAAAAGUUCGAGAAACUUUGGAAGCAAUUCUUCUCGACGGAUGACCCGACUCUGCCAGGCAACUUCAUAUUCGGAAAAACGUCCUACUAAGCGCUUUAUAUACUCUCUGUCGUCUCACUCUCUUCGGUGUAUCACACAAGCAGCGCACGCAAAAAAAAGAGCAGAGCCGAGCUAGGCGCGCGCGCGUUGCAGAGUGAGCCCCGCCAACGUUUCAUCCGUUACUGUGUGCUGUACCUGCGGCUCUGCGCCAAGGCGGACGUGAAUUAUUCAUAAAAACUUUGCUGGGACAGCUAGACAACAAGAAUAAAAAAAAAGUAAAUAAAUAAAAAAAAAAAA